CAAUUUAGCAUUGGCAAUUCCUAUCCAUUCAAUUGAUUAUUUCACCUUUUAUACAAAACAAGAAAAAGUUUUCGCAACCCUUACCAAAGUUCUCAAUUAGCUCUGAUUACAUCAUGCCACCCAGAAAGAAGGCUGCCAAACCUCCCCCGCCGCCGCCAUUGGAUGGCUGUAGUAUUGCAAUUAGCGGCACAAUACCUGGAUACACCCAAUCGGCUAUCGAGCGAGACUUCAUCACUGUUCUCGGUGGAUCUGUGGCCAAAUCUGUCACGGCAUCGACUACUCACCUUAUCACCACAGAAGCGGAUUAUAAAAAACCUUCAAUCAAGGUCAAGGCUGCACAAUCCCACAAUGUACCCAUUGUCAGUUUUCAAUGGCUCGAGGAUACAUUAAGCCAGAUGACUUUGAUGACCGAAAAUGCUUAUGGCUUCAAUUCUACCCAAACUACACCUCAGGCUCAGUCCCAGUCCCAGUCUCAGCCUACCCAUACCAGCGGUACCCGAAAGCGUACAUCGACUCAAAAACCUGCAGAUGAUACUGAUGAAGAAGCGAAGCCUCAGGCUAAGAAGAAAACCAAGUCUUCAAAAGCCAAGCCUAAGAAAGAGGAAUCCCAGGAAGCAAAGGAGCCUGAGGAAUCUAGGGAGUCCAAGAAGCCUAAAGAGGCCAAGGAACCAAAGGUCGCUGAUGGCCAGAUUGCCAAAUCCCGGGAUGUAAGGAUCCCUCUCGACGAAGGUGCUGACAAAGGAUUCGCCAACUCCGAGGUCUACAUCGACGAGGAUGGAGUCAUCUACGAUGCCUCGCUUAAUCAGUCCAACGCCAGUGCCAAUAACAAUAAGUUCUACCGAGUCCAAAUACUCCGCUCUGUCCCGGGAACCUUCCGCGUUUGGACUAGAUGGGGUCGCGUCGGCGAGCGUGGCCAGUCAAAGCUUAUUGGCAAUGGAACCCUAGAAAAUGCUCUCCGCGAGUUUGACAGCAAGUUCAAAGGAAAGUCCGGUCUUUCUUGGGCUGACCGUACCGAGCCUCCGAAACCCGGAAAGUACGCCUUCAUUGAGAGAAACUAUGAAUCAGAUUCAGACUCGGAAGAUGAUGACGCGAAAGACACGAAAGACGGCAUUGUUAAAGAAGAGCCAAAAGAAGAGCCCAAAUCCAAAUUAUCGAAACCGGUCCAGGAAUUAAUGAAACUCGUCUUCAAUCAAGAGUAUUUUGCUGCAACAAUGGCUGAUCUUAAUUAUGACGCCCAUAAACUCCCACUUGGGAAGCUUAGUAAAACCACCAUUACUAGGGGGUUUCAGGCGCUCAAGGAUCUGUCAGCUCUUCUAGACGAUCCAUCGUUGGCCACUUCACAGUAUCAAACCAGCUUUGGCGAAGCGACAGAACAAUUGUCAAAUCUGUUUUUCACCCUCAUUCCUCACGCCUUUGGACGGAGCAAGCCACCUGUAAUCCGAGACUCGACCACCCUCAAAAAGGAAAUAGAACUUCUCGAGAGUUUGGGAGAUAUGAAGGAUGCAUCACUUCUCAUGAAAAACGAGAAGAAAGAAAUGAUUAAUGUGCUAGACCGACACUACCAAAGCUUAGGAAUGGACGAGAUGACACCACUCGACAGCAGCAGCUCGGAGUUCAUGGGAUUAAAGCAGUACUUAAUGGAUACUCGAGGAGUAACCCAUUCCGCCAAUUACGAAGUAUCUCAAAUCUUUAGAAUUGAGCGUCAAGGAGAAAAGAACCGUUUCCAGGCCGCACACACCGAUACCAGAGAUCGACGAUUACUAUGGCAUGGCUCUCGUUGUACCAAUUAUGGUGGUAUUUUAUCGCAAGGUUUACGAAUAGCGCCACCCGAGGCUCCAGUAUCAGGUUACAUGUUCGGAAAGGGCAUAUAUCUGGCGGAUAUGUCCAGCAAGUCCGCCAACUACUGCUAUGCAGGCAUCAGUAAUGGUCAUGCGCUCCUUCUCCUUUGCGAAGCUGAACUUGGAGACCCCAUGCAAAAACUUACCGGCGCCUCAUAUAGCGCCGCCGAGGAUGCGAAGAGCCAAGGUAUGCUCUCGACCUUGGGCCAGGGAUUAACCGGACCAAGCGUGUGGAAGGACGCAGAAUGCAUCCAUCCAUCUCUAAAGGGCGUGAAAAUGCCCGAUACCACUACUCCACCCAAUAACACCAACGUGCCCAACGCGUACCUUCUUUACAACGAGUACAUCUGCUACGAUGUCUCCCAGGUCCGCCUGAGAUACUUGUUCCGGGUCAGGAUGUAGGGCACUCCGGUCCAGUGAUUCAACACCAUAUCUCUUAGUGAUCUUGGGCAAUUUUCCACCUGUGGCUUUUACUGUUUCACCAGAAUUUCAUCCCAACUAAACCGGAUGGCUUUAUCUACGCCCCGAUUUAGCCAACUUUAGAUUUGUUUUUCGCGCGAUGAUC